AUGCAACCCACCUCACGGCAGCAAAUCGAGCAGCAAUAUGGGAUAAGCUUUCACGUUCCUGAUCGAUACCAGGAGUUGAAUGUCAUUGGAAAAGGGUCCUAUGGCAUUGUUUGUAGCGCUUUGGAUACACAAACCAAUACCAAAGUGGCCAUCAAGAAGGUCAUUCGAUGUUUUGAUCAUCACAUAUUUGCUGUUCGUUUGUUGCGGGAAGUGAAAAUUCUUGGUUUUCUCAAACAUCCGAAUGUCAUUGAUCUGAAACAUGUUCAAUUACCAUAUCCCGACAAGGAUUCCUACACUGAACUUUACAUGUAUACAGAUUUGAUGGAUACCGAUUUGAAAACAAUUAUUCAAUCUCCACAAGAAUUAACCAACGAUCACAUACAAUUCUUCAUGUAUCAAAUACUGAAAGCUGUAAAUUAUAUUCACAGUGGAAAUGUUAUUCAUAGAGAUUUAAAACCAAGCAAUAUAUUGAUCAACAGCGAUUGUAAUAUAAAAAUAUGUGAUCUUGGACUAGCUCGUGGAUACAAUGACGGAACUAAUCCUCUCAAUGGAUCCUCACAAUCCGAUUCAAUGUUAAAAGGAGUUUUCAAAGGACAACAAAGAGCCAAACCAAAACUCACAGAAUAUGUUGUGACUAGAUGGUACAGAGCUCCAGAGCUUCUUCUUCAAUCAUUAACCUAUGGAAAGGAAGUGGACUUGUGGAGUGUUGGAUGUAUAUUUGCUGAGCUAUUGGGAAGAGAACCUCUAUUUCGAGGAACAUCAUCCUAUGAUCAAAUUGUUAAAAUAUUUGACGUUAUUGGAACACCUAAAGACAAGAAAGAUUUUGAUGGUAUCGAGUUAUCGGAUGCCAGUUAUAAUAUUCUCCAGCAAAUUAAGGUAAAAUCCAAAACAGAGUUUUCCUCGCUAUAUCCCAAUGCCACAAGUGAAGCCAUUGAUUUACUUGAAAAAUUACUUUGUUUUUCUCCAAAACAACGAAUCUCUGCCUAUGAAGCAUUAGAACAUCCAUAUUUUGAAGAUAUUCACACAUUUAAUGAAUGUGAUUUUGCAGCAUCAACAUUUGACUACAGUUUUGAAAAUGAAGCUACAAGUAUUCCUGUGAUUCGACACAUGCUCUAUGAUGAAAUUGUGAGAAAUUAUGAUCAUUCUAGUGACCGUGAAGAGGUCAUGACCUUCUAUGAACUUCAAACAGCAAUGAAACCUCCCGUGUCAACAGCUGUUCAACAACAACAACAGCCAAACAAUACUGCUUAUUAUCAACAGCAACAGCAACAACACUAUAAUCAACAACAACACCAUCAUCAAUCGCAUCAUGCCAAUCAACUCGAAGAAGAUGAUUUUGAAAGUGACGAUGAAGAAGAUGAAGAAAUUGAUGAUAUGGACUAUCUUGGAGGUGGCAAGAAAGGAGCCACUAAUCAAUUACAUCCUAGUAGUAGUAACAAUGGUGAGGAUAGCGUUCUCACAUCAGACAACGAUUACAUGGAAGAAUCUGACAAUGAUUUUCCUUAA